AUGACCUCGGCGGGGGAGGCGGCCGGUUCCCCCCCGCUGCCCGCCGCGGUCGGCGGCCACCGGCGGAGCCCCCUGGACCGGCUCCCGCCCCCCGCCAACACCACCAAACCGCUGACCCCCUUCGGCAUCGAGGACAUCCUGGGACGCCCCCGCGGCGGGAGCCCCCCCGGGACCGGCACCGGUCCCGCCGCCCCCCCCGCCCCGACAGGGCCCCGCGGCGGCGGCGGCGGCUGCGCCCCGGCCUCGCCGCUCUGGGCGCUGGAGGAACUCGCCAGUAAAACCUUCCAAGGGCUGGAGCUGGGAAUGCUGCAGGCGGCCGGAGGUCCGUCCCCGCCGGGCGCCUCGGGCCCGCGCCCUCCCUGCAGGAAGCGUCGCAAGUCCCGGACCGCGUUCACGGCGCAGCAGCUGCGGGAGCUGGAGCAACGAUUCCGGCGGCAGCGCUACCUCUCCCCGGUGGACCGGGACGCGCUGGCGGCUCGGCUGGCGCUCUCCGCCGCCCAGGUCAUCACCUGGUUCCAGAACCGCCGCGCAAAGCUCAAGCGGGACCUGGAGGAGCUGCGGGCGGACGUGGCCUCGCUGCAAGCGCUGCCCCCCGCCGCCCUGCAGCAGCUGGCGGGGCUGCCCGAGCCGCCGGGGGCUCCCGGUACCGCCACCGGGACCACGGAGCCCGCCGAGCUCUCGGAGGAGGAGAUCGACGUGGCGGACUGA